AUGUGGGACGGUCUGUUUAUGCUGCUCGCCCUGAGCGCCAUCAUGGGAAUUGCCUCCUUUCUGGCCGGCAUACUACCGCUCUCCUUUAACCUGUCUCCGCGCCAGAUCCGCACCGUUUCGUUGCUCGGCACCGGCGUUCUCGUAGGCGCAUCGCUCAUUGUUAUUAUACCAGAGGGCGUCGAGACAAUGUACGGUGCCGCCAUUAAGACCCACGCCCAUGACGUACCGCACCCGCAGCCCAAGAUCCCUUCUGGACAUACCCAACAAAAAGGAGCUGUCAACCCUACCGAGUUCGUGCCGGAUCAUGUCAGAGCGGAAGCACUGCGAACAGAUUUUACAAAGACUGGUGCCAUCAAAGCCCCUGGCGCGGCCAGUAUUAUCGUGAAGAGGACGCCGGACACGCCUCCGGACAGCUACAAGCAGCGCGCUUCAGAUAAGAAAACCAUGGAGCAGAAGGGCAAGGCGGAGGAGGAGCACGCACAACCCCAGAAGGGCGGCGAUGACGACUCGACCGAAGGCCACAAGGAGGGACAUACGCGCGUACAUGGGCCCGAAGAGGGCGAGCAAGAGACGACGCCAGUAUCAGCAGACAUGGAAGGGCCUCACGGUUACAUUGGCGUUGCGCUGAUACUCGGAUUCAUUCUCAUGUUUGUUGUGGAUCACCUUCCAGAAGCGCUCUCGAACGCAAAGUCGCAAUACCAGUCGCUGCACAUAUCGCUAUCAAAUCUUCAUCGAGGACCACACAAUUCGUCUUCGAUGAGUUUGAACGCACUGACUCCAGGUUCUCCACCACCAGAGCCGCUUACACCUCUUCCGCCGCAUGUAUCGAAGCCUCCACGCUCAUCGGCGACUACCAUCGGACUGGUGAUCCAUUCGUACGUGGCCAUGCACUCUAUGACCGAAGCCACAAAUUCCCACGAAGAGCCUGUCAUCAACGGCUACAUCGACCACCACACCUCGCCCUCGAACGGUCUCUCCAAGUCCGAUAUAGCCAUCGUUUUGUCCGGUAUGCUCGUACCGCUCUUCACUCAGGUCGGACACCACCAUUAG